GCUGAACGGUCGUAGAACAAUGCAUUGCACUGUUUUUGGUUGGAGUCCUAGAUAUCCGCCUACAUGCAUACCAUGGUGUCCGAGGUUAAAGAAUCCUGAAAACGGAGUCGUCAACCAGACUGCGACGUAUGCCAAAUACUCGUGCAACAGCGGAUACAGACUGGAGGGUCGAAGUGAAAGACUUUGUUUGCAAGGUCACGGCUGGAACCUUUAUGAGCCAAAAUGUUUAAAAAAGUGUCCGAUUCUUGUCGAUCCUGAGAACGGUCAUGUUGAUGUAGACUUAGAAAACGACAUUGCUGUCUACUAUUGCAACGAUGGGUAUAGGGCGAACGGAGAUGCUCUAAUUCAAUGUGAUGGAUCUCGUCAAUGGGAUGGGCCUCCCAUAGAAUGCGUAGAAUUGCCUCCCAAGUGUUCAAAUUUGACCAAUCCUGCUCAUGGCCUGGCCAUCAUGGGGCUAGGUAACUACUCUGUAAGAUAUUUGUGUAAUUAUCCGUACUACUUGCAUGGAAGCGAAAAUCGGAAAUGUAUCAAUGGCAACUGGACUGAUUCCGACCCAAUUUGCGUACUAGUUUGCCCACAAUUUCUUUCGGCGCCCAAAUUUGGUAAAGUCGAUGAGGGUGUUCUAGCUGCCACCUAUUCGUGCUCCAAAGGAUACUACCUUUAUGGACAGUCGGUGAGAAAAUGUGACAAAGGCAAGUGGAAGGGAUAUCCUCCAGUUUGCAUCAAAGAGAACUGCACCAUCCCAGAACAGCUUUCUAAUGGUGGUCAUUACUUAUUAGCUGGAGAUACAGUCUAUUAUUACUGUCACACGGGUUAUGUAAUGGAAGGCAAUCACAAGGUUGUCUGCACAAAUAGCAAAUGGGGCUCUUUUCCAAAGUGUCACAAGUAUUAAAUGGUGCUUUAUGUACGGAAUACUAUUGGGUUGCACUGAAGAUGAGGACGUUUAUGCUACUAGACAUUUACUAAUUGCUUGAAGGCGUGUGCUUGUUGUAGUAGAUGCAUGAUGAUUUCUAGCUUCCUAGCAUUGCGAGAUUUCAUUUCCAAAAAUAGUAUAGUGCAAGUAUAAAACAUUUUGAGAAAAUGACGAAUAUGUAGGAUGUAUGUAAACUUAAUUAUUUCAUUUA